AUGGCGUCGGCGGGAGGCAGCCGGAGCAGCAGGGAGCCCCGAGCGCCCCCUCCGCAGCAGCAGCAAGAGCAGCAGCGGCCGCCUUUCCCUGCCCGGGCCGGGCGCUGGGGGGCCGGGGCUUGCGCCGCGCUGCUGGCCGCGCUCUGCUACUGGAACUCACUGCGCGGCGAGUUCGUGCACGACGACGUGUGGGCGAUCGUCAACAACCCCGACGUGCGGCCGGGAGCCCCCCUGGCGGCCGCCUUCGCCAACGACUUCUGGGGCAAGGGCAUGGCCGAGAACACCAGCCACAAGUCCUACCGCCCGCUCUGCAUCCUCACCUUCAAGCUGAAUAUCUUGCUGGAUGGCAUGAACCCCUUCUAUUUCCACGCUGUGAAUGUAGCCCUGCACUGCCUGGUGACGCUGCUGCUGAUGUACACUUGUGACAAAGCCGUUUUCAAGGACAGCCGGCUGGCUUUUGUCACCGCCCUGUUCUUUGCUGUCCAUCCCAUUCACACUGAGGCUGUAACGGGUAUAGUAGGCAGAGCAGAUGUCUUGGCCUGCCUGCUAUUUCUGUUGGCGUUUCUCUCCUAUAAUAGGAGCGUGGAUCAGCUUUAUGUUGGGGAACAUUUCCCUCCGACUGCUUCUCUCUUCUUCUUGCUGCUUAGUUUAUUUCUUGGGACUUGUGCAAUGCUGGUAAAGGAAACGGGGAUCACGGUGUUUGGCGUCUGCUUAGUAUACGACGGCUUCCUGCUUUCCCAGAACAGACUCCGAUUCAAAAACGGAGUGGUGCAUCAAAGGAUGGCUCGGCAGCCCGCAUCUUCCCUCCACGCCGCUUCCUCGCAGUUGCCUUCGUCUGGCAGGGAAAACGGAAAGCACCGUGUGGCUCACAAGGGGACGUGGAACUCCUGCCAUCCCACGUCGCCGGAGGAACAGCGGCACAGCAGCCUCUCUGUCUGGCGCAAAGCGACGGGGGCUGUGUUUAGGUACCUGACUGCAAGUAACAAACAGAAGUUCUUGUAUACCACCAGACCGUUUUUAAAGAGGGCUGCCUUGGUACUUACCUAUGUAAGUAUUAAUUUUUGA